AUGAGGAACAAGUCAUAUGCUUCUCUAGUUGGAAGCAUUAUGUACGCACAAGUAUGUACGAGGCUAGACCUAGCCUUGUGCAUUAGCCAGAUGGGGAGACUUCAAUCAAAUACGGGAAUGCAAUGUUGGAUAGUUGGAAAGAAGAUUCUAAGGUACUUACAAAGAACAAAGGCUUACAUGUUGAUUUACAAACGCAUAGAGAUUUUGGAGCUUUUUGGGUAUGCUGAUGCGAAUCUUGGAAAAGGAGAGGAUGAUUACAUCUUUACUUCAUGUUUUCUUUUCAAGAUGGCAGGAGCAACUGUUGCUUGGAAGAGUGCUAAACAAUCUGGUGUUUCGAGUUCAACUAUGUUUUCAGAAUACAUAGCUUGCUAUGAUGCCACUUCUCAUGCAAUAUGGCUAAGGAAUUUUAUCAAAGACAUUAAGUUGGUGGACUUGAUUUCAAGACUAGUAUAG